AUGGAUGGUGGAAAAAGCUCCGGAUUGGCUCCGUUUGUUCCCGGGGACACGUCCACGGUCUCUUCCCGGUGGAAGAAAUGGAAACGUUCUUUUCAAAUCUUCCUUGACGUGAACAACGUCGCAAUCGCCUCACGGAAGAAGUCAUACCUCCUUCACUAUGUGGGACCGCAAGUGCAGGACGUGUACUUCAGCUUGCAGGGCGACGAUGAACCGGAAGUUCCGGUGGGAUCCGACGUAUUCCAAGAGGCGAUGAAGCUGCUGGACGAGUACUUCCUGCCAAUGAAGUGCCUGCCGUUGGAGCGGCAUAAAUUUCGAAACCUGGUGCAGGCCGGCGAGGAACCCAUCGAAAGUUUUGUCCUACGACUGCGGGAGCAGGGCAACCUCUGCGAGUAUGGUGACCACUUGGACGACGAAAUUAAGGAGCAGAUUUUUGAGAAAGGAGCGUCGGAUGAUCUACGUGCGAGGAUUCUAAACAAACCUCAGAUGACUCUGGCCGAAACCGUUGAAGCUGGCCGUUCAUUGGAGACAAUCGAGAAGCACAAGAACAAUUUGACGCUGAACCCAACUCCGGCGGAGAACGACGUUGAGGUGCACAAAAUCCGGUCAAGGACUCGAUCGAACCGGGAAUGCUACCGUUGCGGCAAGCGGGGUCAUUUCGCCAACGAUGAUAGCUGCCCGGCGAUAGACCAGGAGUGCAAGCGCUGCGGUAUGGUUGGACACUUCAAGAGUUGCUGCAAAACGAAGAAGCACAAGAAAAAGGUGGGAAAGCGGCUGCGGCAGGUGAAGACUGGUCGACGUGACACGGACUCUGAGGAUUCCGACGAUUCGGAACAGCUGAGUGAUGAUUCGGCAGAGGAGAACGUGCAAUACCUGUUUGCAACUGACCCAGGUCGAGGAGGUAAUGUUAUUUGUACUGUGGGUGGCGUUCCAGUUAAAUGGGUGGUGGAUUCGGGUGCCGGAGUUGACGUUAUCGAUCGGCGAACCUGGGAGCACAUGAAGAAGGAAAAAGUGCGCAUAAAGUCUCAGCAGCCUGUUGUGAAGAAAAACCUGAUGUCCUAUUCUGGCCAUCCAGUUGAAGUUGCUGGAAUGUUUUCGGCGGAAGUAGCCACGGAGAGAAAGAGCAUUGUUGCCGAGAUCUACGUUGCAGAAAACGGAACCUGCUGCUUGCUGGGUCGGAAGACAGCUGAGAUGCUAGGAAUCCUCAGUAUCAAUACGGAAGUGUGCGCUGCUAGGGAGAGCAACGGAAGGCGAUUCAUUGAAGCAGCGUCCCUCACAGUCGACCGGCAAUCGAGCCGGUAUCGAGCCCGGAAGUAG